AUGGACUACACCAAAGGACACAUGGAGGUAAGUUACAUCGUGAGAGUCCGCGCAGUGGUGAUGUCCAGAGACGACUCUAGUGGGGGCUGGGUGCCUAUGGGAGGAGGAGGUCUCAGUCACGUAAUGAUUUGCAAGGUGCGACGACCAGACACCUCUCACCAACGAGACUACCUUAUCCGUGGGGAAAGGCUGAGAGAUCAGACAACCAUCCUAGAGUGCGUCCUGAAGAAGGGUCUAGUCUACAAUAAAGCCAAUCCCAUCUUCCAUCACUGGAAAGUAGAAGAGAACAAGUUCGGCCUGACCUUCCAGAGCCCAGCGGAUGCAGUCACAUUUGAGAGGAGUGUGCAGGCUGCUAUGGAGGAACUGGUGGAAGGGUCUUUGUCACAUUCAACUUCCUCAUCAUCAUCCUCAUCUUCUCGAGAAGAAGCUCAAGCUCUGGAGGAUGUCAUGCCACUUCAUACAGAUAGUGAAUCAUCUUCUAACAGCCGAAAGGAAAUGUUACCAAAACACAUCACCAUCAUCACCAGUGAGUCGUCUUCUAGCUGCUACGUGAGAUCUCCUGUUUCUGAAGAAUUUGGGUUUACCACUGGUCCAUCAGUCAGUCCAACCACCCAGUCACAGCCUUUAAAGCGUCUGUCCUUCCAUGACGAAGAAGAACUUGAGAGCAUCAACCCAUGCAAAGAUCUUUGGGUAUCAAAGGGAUAUGAAGACUAUCGCCGUGCAGCCCUACAGCAGCCUGAACAGCCCAAGUCCGAUCUGAGAGUCCACUUCCAAAAAGCCACCGGGGGCAAAGCCAAGGACAGGCAUUUUCCAGGAGCUGUGGCCUCAACUACAUCAGAAAGUGAGGGUCAGCUAAAGGACCCCAGGGCCUCCCCUUCUUGUAGGAUUCAUGGCACCCCUUCUCCCAAGUCUAAGGAACACUCUCAUAUGUCUGGGGAGGAGGACACAGCUACCGCCCGUUGCGUCUAUUGCAGGGACGUAUUUAGCAGUGAAGAGAACGGCAGAGGGCAGUGCCAGGACGCUCCAGACCCCAUAGGGCGUUGUGUCUACCAACUUUCCUGCAUGUGGUGUGCUGAGAGCUUACUAUACCACUGCAUGUCAGACUCAGAGGGCGAGUAUUCGGACCCCUGCUCCUGCGACCCGGGGCACCCCCAUUUCUGUAUACGCUGGGCUGCCCUGGUGGCCUUGUCUCUUGUGGUCCCCUGCAUGUGCUGCUACCUCCCAUUACGGGCGUGCCACUGGUGCGGGGAACACUGUGGCUGUUGCGGGGGGAAGCAUAAAGCGGUGCGGUGAGAGGACCAGAACAGGGUCCAAGGAGGAAAGUUUAAUGUUCAGUUUUCAGCCUCCUGAGAGCCAGCAUAUUUACAUGGCAGGAUCUGCGCCAAUCUUUGUGAGUGAGCGGGCACGUAAUACAACUGGCCCGGGAGAUAUGUGUAUUUCAGAUAUGGCUGCAGAGGCAACGACCUACCAAAAAGAGGCAGGAGGAUAAUUUGAUGACGAACAGGUG